UUACCAGAGCUUGUCUACUUGUUUUACUCAUUCCAUUUGAUAUUAAUGUUCAUGUUUGCAUACCAUACAUAAAUUACACAUUUUACAAUGUUUUCCAGGCAUGGGUAAAAAUACACAAUGUUCUCUGCAUGCUGCUAUGAUGUUUCCCCACACUGGAAACAUCAUACAGAUGUAUAUAUAGAUUUAUAGGUUGGGAUUGUUUACAUUUAUUUGUAAUGUGGCAGUAUUUUUAACAACAGUAGUUGUAACAGUAGCCCUGGUGAAUAUUGAAGGGAAGUGAAGUAAAAGCUGUAGCUGUAUACAUAUAAAAGACUGCAUUGAUACUGUUAUUUAUUUUUACUUGGCAGAUUUGAUAAGCUUGUUUUAAAUAACCGAUCAAGCAGUCGGAAAUGAAAAAGUAGACCUUGGUUUUUAAGUUGUGUUUUGGAAGCCACCAGUAACCAAAGAGUUAAUUGUUGUAAACAGUUAAGAUAAUAACACAUUUUACAUAAUGCUAAAUGCCGGUAGUAAUGUCUGCAGAGUUUUUGUAGAAGACCUGUAAAGAACUAGGGAACUACAAGCUAGAACUGAAAUAUCUUACAGUUUGAGGAAAUGUGAGAAGAGACAUAACGUCAUGUCAGGAUCAUAUGUGAUGGCAAUAAUACAACAGAUUAUUGUCAAGAUCCACUCCAUCCCAUUAAAUAAAAUUUCAGACAGAGACAGAAGAGGCUCUGUGUUUAAAGGAACCUGUAUGAGACUUGUAGUGUGAGUGGCAUCAUUCUGUGAUGUCAAACAUGUGGUAUGUCUCAUGACUGUGUUAACUGUGCAUAGUGUACCUUGAGGCCGUUAUUGAGUCAAGAAUAGUUGCCAUGUUUGUUUUUAAUUUACAUUAUAGACUUAGGCAUUUUUACUGCUGUUUUUAAAUUUUUUUUAUUUUAUUUUAUUUUUUAAGCAUAACCUGUUAAUCUCACCAUGUCACCUGGGUUUAUUUAUUUAUUUUAUUUUUUAAAUAUAAAGACAGUGCUAGUUCUUUGACCGUUUGCCAGACUUCCCAUACAAAACCAGACCAGUAUGUCUGCAUACCACACUGUAGUGUGUCUUAUGUACUCUGAAUGAACAGUGGCUUUCACUUUGCAUCUGUGCUAUGAGUAAAUUCAUAUGUGAACAAUCUGAACUUUGAACAAAGCUAUUUGGGACAACAGCAAAAAAAACAAACAGAUCAUGUCAAUGCCAUUAUGUAAUUGUUCAUUAUCUUUCAUUAUUCAUCAUGAAUGUUUGUGAGAUGACCAUAUGUUUAUAAAUGUGUAUGUUUGCAUCGAUAGUAGGUAAUACGGUUAUUUUGAACACAACAGACCAUUUUUGCAAAUGUAUAAUAACAAGUGCCAUUUUUGUUCAUCUUCAGAUGAUUUCACUGUGUGAUCACAUGAUACCGUGCAGCCUGUUACAGAAUUCAGAAGAUUUGUUGGGGAUUGUCUCGAGCAAAUAAUAAUCGUAAAACACGGUUGUAAUCGGACAGUGUAAAAUCCCGGCUUGUGUUAACAGAGCUGUCGUUAAGUGGCAGGUCAUAUUAAGUUGUUGUUUAUUAAAUCGGUUGCUCUGAUGAUCGACUGCUCGUGUCUGAGUGUGCUUUGUGCUCACUCAUGCCUGCGGUUGCUGAUCUUCACACAGUGCAUGUUUAGACUUCAGCUGUAUGGUGGAGCAGGUAGUGUGUUGUGGUCAUUACCCUCUACGGGAUGCCAUUGAAGGAAAUGUCUGAUGCUGGCGGAUACAGUGACAGAUCCCACACAGCCCCCAAAGAAAGCAAACAUACCAGUACCAGCACUGAGACGGUCAGAGGAGAGAGUCUCCAUGAGAGCCAGGGGAGGGAGAAAGUGGAAGUAAGGAAUGAGUUGGUUCGCUCAUCUCAACACACUGUAUCCAACAAAGCCCAGAUGCUCACCAUGCCUAAGUUUGGCCUACGUGACAACCUUGUCAAGUGUGAACUUCUUAAGAAAGAGGAAACGUACACCUAUAUUGAACCAUUCACCUUCUUCCUGGGUACAUACAACGUAAAUGGGCAGGCACCGAAGGAGUCCUUGCACACAUGGCUAGGUUCCACUGCUCAGCCUCCUGAUCUCUACUGUGUAGGGUUCCAAGAGCUGGAUCUAAGUAAGGAGGCAUUUUUCUUUAAUGACACACCCAAGGAGCAAGAAUGGAUGAAGGCUGUAUCGGACGGCCUUCACCCAGACGCCAAGUAUGCCUUAAUAAAGCUGGUACGGUUGGUGGGCAUCAUGCUGCUCUUCUAUGUGAAGAAGGAACAUGCUGAGUACAUCUCUGAGGUGGAGGCAGAGACAGUAGGCACAGGCAUCAUGGGACGAAUGGGUAAUAAAGGUGCUGUAGCUAUUAGCUUCAAAUUCCACAAUUCAGACAUCUGCAUAGUGAACUCCCAUCUGGCAGCUCAUAUAGAGGAGUACGAGAGAAGGAAUCAGGAUUACAAGGACAUCUGCAGCAGGAUGCUCUUCAGACAGCUUGACCUGACACUUCCUCCACUAACCAUCAUGAAGCACAGUGUUGUCCUGUGGAUUGGUGAUUUGAAUUAUCGAAUUAGUGACCUUGAGGUCGACCAUGUAAAGGAUCUGAUAUUGAAAGAUGAUUUUGAAACACUUCACAAUCAUGAUCAGCUGAAGAGGCAAAUGGAUGAAGAAGCUGUGUUUGUUGGCUUUAUGGAAGGUGAGAUCGAUUUCCAACCAACAUACAAGUAUGACACUGGCUCUGACGAAUGGGACACCAGUGAGAAGUGUCGAGUCCCAGCCUGGUGUGAUCGUAUUUUGUGGAGAGGGAAGAACAUAACCCAGCGGAGUUAUCAGAGUCACAUGACUGUGAGAAACAGUGACCACAAGCCUGUCAGCUCCCUGCUGGAAAUAGGGAUCAAAGUGGUGAAUGAAGAGAUCUAUAAAAGGACAUUUGAGGAUAUAGUGCGGUCUCUGGACAAACUGGAGAAUGAGUGCAUUCCAUCAGUUUCUCUGUCAGAGCGAGAGUUCAACUUCAACAAUGUGAAGUUCAUGCAGCAUCAAGCAAAAACUCUGACACUUCACAAUGAUGGACAGGUACCAUGUCAGUUUGAGUUCAUACAGAAGCUGGAUGAGCCAGCCUACUGCAAGCCCUGGCUCACGGCCAACCCACCCAAGGGCUUUGUGGCCCAAGGGGCCAGUGUGGACAUUGACCUGGAGGUGUUUGUGAAUCGCUCUACCGCUCCGGAGUUGAACUCAGGCCAGCAACAGCUAGAGGACAUUCUGGUGCUGCACCUGGAGAGGGGCAAAGAUUACUUUAUCUCCAUCACAGGCUCCUACUUGCCAAGCUGUUUUGGCUCAUCCAUCCACAUGCUCUGCCAUCUGAGGGAGCCCAUCCAGGAAAUGCCUCUGGAGACCAUCCACAAACUAAGCUUGUUGUCACCCAGCGAGACAAACAGCCCAGACACUGAAAAGGCUUUAGACAUUCCUAAAGAAAUCUGGAUGAUGGUGGACCAUCUCUACCGUAAUGCCAGCAAACAGGAAGACAUAUUUCAGCAGCCAGGACUACGCAGUGAAUUUGAGGAGAUCAGGGAUUGUUUAGACACAGGCUCACUUGACUCUCUCCCGGGAAGUAACCACUCCGUGGCUGAAGCCCUGCUUCUUUUCCUUGAUGCCCUUCCUGAACCAGUGGUCCCUUACUCUCUGUACCAACAAUGUCUGGACUGCUGCUACAACAGCAGCCAGUGUAAACAGAUUAUUUCUGUGUUACCCCAGUGCCAUAAAAAUGUUUUUAACUAUUUAACGGCAUUUCUCCGGGAGUUGUUGAAGAACUCUGCACAGAAUCGGCUGGAUGUCAACAUUUUAGCCACUAUAUUUGCUGCCUUAAUGUUAAGGCCCCCCACAAAGCAAGACAUUUUGGAGAAAAGAAAAGCAAAGGAGUUUUUCCACCAUUUUCUGGUCCAAGAGCCCCACUAAUAUACAUCACUGCCUACUUAUUUUGCUGCACAGUAUUUGACUACAUUUUUAUAACUAUAAUUUGUCUAACUUGUUAAUCGAUUAUUUUAUCUUGUAUAUUUUAUCUUGUUUGUCUUAAACUGCUACCAUUUGAAUUCAACGAUUUUAAACAGCAUAUUAAAGACCAUUGUUUUAUUAUAAAAGGAAUGGUUUGGAGGGAAAAUAAAUUUUAUGCACAUUUUCCACUUGUGUCAGAAGUACUCAAUCAGCCAAGACAUGUUUGGGGUACAGGUACUAUGAUGCUAAAAUAGUUAGUGAUGGAAGCUUUUGCCAUUGUGUAAAUCCUUCAUAGAUUUCCAGUCAUUCCAAAUCAUGUAGAAUUUUAGUAAUUGAAAAUGACUGAAAAGUUUAGCAUUUUAAAGGUAUUUCAUUACUUAUCAACUUCACACAACCAAGUGCAUGAAUUAAACACACACUUGACUCAGACAUCCCUUAGCUGUUAUUACUGAAAGCAAUUAUUAGGAAAGUUGUUAAAAUAUGUAAAAUAAAAUAUUUUUUUGUCUUAAAAGUCUACAGCUACAGUACACUAUAUAACAACGUUGUUAUAGCUGCAGUGCAGUAUUUAAAGAUUUGGACGCCAUAUAGUUUUGCUGACGUGCUAAAUUUGAGGCAAGUGGAAAACUUGUGCAGAUUUCACUCUUGUACGGCAGCUGAAUCACACAGAAAUCAUUAUUUAAAGAGCAAACGUGUUUGUAUUUUGAUGUAAAUACAAAACAUUUUUAUAUUAAAAAAAAUAGAAGCACUGAAUUACAAGCGUCCUCCUUUUUUCCCCGCUUAAAAGCUAUGCUGGUUUUGAAAUAAUUAUACUUUGCUUUAUUCUUUUGUUAUACAAGACUAGAGAUUUAGUCCAUAUGGUCAGGUUUUAUUUCCAUAUUUUUACUAUAUAUUUAUUUGCUUACUUGCUUGGUUACAUACGUGCACACACAAGGUUAAAAGCUUUAAGAAGAGCAGAAGCUGUGUGGAUGUCUGGAGUGGGCGUUGGGCCUGCUCUGAAUGGUGAGGAGGCAGAGCAGUAAACAGCGCACACAGUCACUUCCCAGGAUGCUUCAGGAUGAGGAACUGGAAUUUGACGUUGUUCAAUCAUGGUAGGGAGGGGAAGAGAAGAAAGUGCCAGUAAUCACAAUUAUACACGCAUUUGACGUCUACUUGAAACAGGUAUUUUUAUGUAGCGUUUUCUGUUGCACAUGUACAUUGCCGCAGGUGCUUGGUGUGUGUUAUUUGUGCCGGUUGUCUUGUCCUCGCAGCGCGUGCACUUUACCAUGUUGCCCCGCAGUUAGCCGCUCACUCAGCUGCCUGAUUUCUGGAGCUUCUUAGCUAGCGUUAGCCACUUAGCUCGCCUAUGUGAUGUUUUGGUUGCUGUAGCGUUGCUGCUAAAAUCUUACCUCGGGUCAUGUUCCCAGAAAUUGUAGUCACUCUAAUUUAGCUC